AUGCUUCAUGAAUUCGCUGGUUGGUAUAGAAGGUGGCGAUUCGGUGAAGGGACACGUAUUGAUUUAGUUUUAAUUGGCCCACCAGGUAGUGGAAAAGGGACUCAGGCAGUCAAAAUAGCUGAACGUUAUAAAAUCUGCCAUUUAUCUACUGGAGAUAUUCUUAGAGCCAUUAUAGCGUCAGGAUCAGAACUUGGUCAAAAAGUACAGAAAAUUACGGAAUCAGGAGGACUUGUUUCAGAUGACAUAGUUUGUGACCUAAUCGCACAAAAAAUCAAUUCUCCGGAAUGUAAAAAUGGACUUCUAUUCGACGGGUUUCCACGCACACUAGAACAAGCCAAAAAACUUGAUAACCUUCUUAGAGAUCGUCAGAUUCAUCUAUCGGCUGCCUUGGAAUUCAAGCUCGAUCCUACCAUCUUGGAAAAAAGGAUUUGUGGCAGGUUAUUCCACUUAGCUAGUGGUAGGUCUUAUCAUGAAUUGUUCAAUCCCCCGAAAGUCCCCAUGGUAGAUGACAUUACUGGUGAUCGUCUCGUCCAUCGCUCCGAUGACAAACCUGAAGCUUUGAAAAAGCGCUUGUAUGAGUAUGAGAAAAAUGCAACACCUAUUUUACAUUUCUAUGAAUCUCAAAAUAAACUACUUCGAAUAAACGCAAACAAAGAUGUUAAUCAGGUGUUCAGUGAUAUUCAGGAACUUAUUCGUGUGAAAUUAGCAGAGGGACGAUAG